AUGGCAUUUAGGACACCUUUUCGCUCUGUGUCCACAAGGGCCAGGCAGACUCUCAGGAUUGGCAUGAUUCCCGCAGACGGUAUCGGUCACGAAGUCCUGCCGGGUGCAAAAGCUGCAAUUCAAGCACUCGGAUCAUCUAUCCCGAAAACUGAGUUCGUUGAUCUACUCGCGGGGUUCGAGUACUUCACAAGAACGGGAACUGCGCUGCCAGAGGACACUGUACAGGCAUUACAAAAUGACUGCGACUGUGCCAUGUUCGGUGCAGUCAGCUCCCCAUCUCGUAAGGUGGCUGGGUACUCGUCACCCAUCGUCGCCUUGCGCAAAAAAUUAGAUUUGUAUGCUAAUGUUCGGCCGGUAACCUCUGUUGCUUCGAGUCCUAACGGACAACCGGACGUUGAUUUAGUGGUUGUGCGAGAGAAUACCGAAUGCCUUUACGUGAAAGACGAAACGCAGAUUAUUGGUCCAAACGGCAAGGAAGCUCGUGCUAUCCGACUUAUCACUGAACGGGCAUCGCGGCGAAUUGGCGAGAUGGCAUUCAAGAUCGCCCUAAAUCGCCCCCGCAAGCAUCUCACUAUCAUACACAAAUCCAACGUUCUUUCAAUAACCGACGGUCUAUUCCGUGAAACUGUCCGUGCUGUUCCCACGUUGCCUGGCGUAGACGGCAAGUACGGUAGCGUCACGGUGGCGGAACAACUCGUGGACAGCGCGGUUUACAGACUGUUCCGAGAACCACAUAUCUACGAUGUGAUGGUUGCACCGAAUCUCUACGGUGAUAUCAUCUCCGAUGCUGCUGCAGCUCUUGUCGGAUCUCUGGGUCUUGUACCGUCCGUGAACGCGGGAGACACGUUCGUCAUGGGUGAACCCGUCCACGGAUCUGCACCCGAUAUAGCUGGUCAGAAUAUUGCAAAUCCGCUUGCGGCCAUCCGUUCAGCAGCGUUGAUGUUACGCCACCUUGGGUAUACGGACGGAGCAGAUCGGAUCGAACGGGCGGCAGAUGAGGUGAUAAGGGAGGGCAAAUGUCUGACGCCUGACCUGGGGGGAAAGAGCAAGACCACCGAGGUAGUGGAUGAGGUGGUCAGGAGGAUAUAG